GCUUCCUCUGUUGAGAGUGUCUCUGUGUUUUCGUUGCCGGUCGUCGAGGUCGCAUUUCCUGUUUUAGGUCACCGGCGGUGAUAGGUUUCCGGCGAGGAUGGGUGCUACUCUGUUAUCGGAGCUUGCGACAGAGAUAGCGAUCCCGGUUUGUGCUAUUGUCGGGAUCGUUUUCUCUUUGGUGCAGUGGUUCCUUGUUUCGCGUGUGAAGCUCACACCUGAGCGUCACGGGCCGUCGUCGUCUCCGAGUAACAAGAAUGGGUACGGAGACUACCUGAUUGAAGAAGAGGAGGGUAUCAAUGACCACAAUGUCGUCGUGAAAUGUGCCGAUAUUCAGAGUGCCAUCUCUGAAGGUGCAACAUCCUUUCUAUUUACUGAAUACCAAUAUGUGGGAAUCUUCAUGGCUGCUUUUGCAAUUCUAAUCUUCCUCUUCCUGGGAUCUGUGGAGGGCUUCAGCACCAAGAGCCAGCCCUGCACAUAUGAUAAGGAGAGGAUAUGCAAGCCAGCACUUGCGACUGCAAUCUUCAGCACCGUGUCCUUCUUGCUUGGUGCUUUCACUUCAGUCCUUUCGGGUUAUCUUGGGAUGAAAAUAGCCACCUUCGCCAAUGCAAGGACAACAUUGGAAGCAAGAAAGGGAGUUGGUAAAGCUUUUAUUGCUGCAUUUAGGUCUGGUGCAGUGAUGGGUUUCCUUCUUGCGGCAAAUGGUCUUUUGGUGCUCUACAUAGCUAUAAAUCUUUUCAAGCUGUAUUAUGGUGAUGAUUGGGAAGGCCUUUUUGAGGCUAUUACUGGUUAUGGUUUGGGUGGAUCUUCCAUGGCUCUGUUUGGGAGAGUUGGUGGAGGUAUCUAUACCAAAGCUGCUGAUGUUGGUGCUGAUCUAGUCGGAAAAGUUGAGCGAAAUAUUCCUGAGGAUGACCCAAGAAACCCAGCUGUGAUUGCUGACAAUGUUGGUGACAAUGUUGGAGAUAUAGCGGGAAUGGGUUCUGAUCUGUUUGGCUCAUAUGCAGAAUCAUCCUGUGCUGCUCUGGUUGUUGCUUCCAUAUCUUCCUUUGGAGUCAACCACGAGCUCACAGCAAUGUUAUAUCCCUUGCUUAUCAUUUCUAUGGGCAUUCUCGUCUGUUUGCUCACUACUCUCUUUGCUACCGACUUUUUUGAGAUUAAGGCUGUUAAGGAAAUUGAGCCAGCAUUGAAGAAGCAACUUAUCAUCUCCACAGUUCUUAUGACCAUUGGAAUUGCAAUUGUUUCCUGGAUUGCUCUGCCAUCAUCCUUCACAAUUUUUAACUUUGGGGCUCAAAAAGUGGUGAAGAACUGGCAGCUGUUCCUCUGUGUGGGGGUUGGUCUCUGGGCUGGACUUAUUAUUGGAUUUGUGACCGAGUAUUAUACUAGCAACGCUUACAGCCCUGUACAAGAUGUAGCUGAUUCUUGCCGGACUGGAGCUGCAACUAAUGUUAUCUUUGGCCUUGCUCUGGGAUACAAAUCUGUUAUCAUUCCUAUUUUUGCCAUUGCAGUCAGCAUUUUUGUUAGUUUUAGUUUUGCUGCCAUGUAUGGUAUUGCUGUGGCUGCCCUUGGAAUGCUGAGCACCAUUGCUACUGGGUUGGCUAUUGAUGCAUAUGGGCCCAUCAGUGACAAUGCUGGAGGAAUUGCAGAGAUGGCGGGUAUGAGCCACCGCAUCCGUGAGAGAACUGAUGCCCUUGAUGCUGCUGGAAACACAACUGCUGCCAUUGGAAAGGGCUUUGCCAUUGGAUCUGCUGCUCUAGUGUCGUUGGCUCUCUUUGGUGCAUUUGUGAGCCGAGCUGCAAUCUCAACUGUAGAUGUCUUGACCCCUAAGGUCUUCAUUGGACUUCUAGUUGGUGCCAUGCUUCCCUACUGGUUCUCUGCCAUGACCAUGAAGAGUGUAGGAAGUGCUGCCUUGAAGAUGGUAGAGGAGGUUCGCAGGCAAUUCAACACCAUUCCUGGCAUCAUUGAGGGCCAUUCCAAGCCUGAUUAUGCUACCUGUGUCAAAAUCUCGACCGAUGCAUCCAUCAAAGAGAUGAUUCCUCCUGGUGCCCUUGUCAUGCUCACCCCACUCAUUGUUGGUACAUUUUUCGGUGUUGAAACUCUCUCAGGUGUUCUUGCUGGCUCUCUAGUUUCUGGUGUUCAGAUCGCAAUAUCAGCGUCCAACACCGGUGGUGCUUGGGAUAAUGCUAAGAAGUACAUCGAGGCUGGUGCAUCUGAGCACGCUAGGACCUUGGGACCUAAGGGAUCUGAUCCACACAAAGCAGCUGUGAUUGGUGACACUAUUGGAGACCCUCUCAAGGACACAUCCGGCCCGUCUCUCAACAUCCUGAUUAAGCUCAUGGCGGUGGAGUCACUUGUGUUUGCUCCAUUUUUCGCCACUCAUGGUGGUUUACUUUUUAAGAUCUUUUAAGGGAAUGGGGGAGAUACAUGGAAGGAUCAAAGAGAGGUAUCUUUUUUGUUUUCUUUUCCCAUGAGAAGGGAAUAGGGUUUGCCAUUGACAACUCAAAAGCAAUUUUCUUUUGUACCCAAUAGCAUCCCCAUCAUUAGGCAGCAGCCCUUUAAUUAUGAGAACUUCAGAUUUGUUACAAAAACUCUUGCUUUUACUCCUUUGAUAUUGACGAAAUGAAUUUUCCAUUAUCCAGUCA